AUGGGUAGAGGAAGAGGGAGAGGGAAGAAGCUAACCACUGUCAGGAGCCAUGAAGACAAAGGUAGCAGUGGUGAAGAAGUUGUGCCUGCAAAAAAGAGGAGGGGAAGGCCCCAAAAGCGCUUCGCCAAUAAGAUCGAUCAAGCAGAUGUUGAAAAUUUUGUAGAAAAGGUCGAUGGCGACCAAGAAGAAGUUGAUGAUGCCAAGCUGAAGAACAGCGCUGCAGCCGGUGGUAACAAGAGAGGCAGGCCGUUGAAAGAGGGCUCUAAUAUUGUCAUAGAAGAUAGUAAUUCUAUUGUUCGAUCAAGCAGUGAUGAAUCAACAAGGACCAAUGGAUUCAGGCAGAUUGGGAGCCGGCGGAAAAACAAGCCCCGGCGAGCAGCAGAGGCAGGACUAGAAUGCAAGUGA